GAGGCUCGCGCAGCAGCCGCGGCGGCGAUGCCACCGCUGCCACCACCGAAUCCAGCACCGAUGCAAGGAGGGACGAUGGCGCAAGGAGGAGCGCCACUGAAGGCAGCUGUACAAGCCCACGGUCAGCAAAUGAGGAGAGCUCGAGGACAUCCCUUUUCGAGGGAGAUUCUUGUUGCUCCUUUGCCGAAUAAUUUCAAGGAGACCAACUUGGUGUAUGAUGGGUCAUCUGACCCGUCGAGGCAUGUGAGGACCUUCGAAAAUAUGGAUGUGUUGCGUGGAUAUUCUGAUUCUGUUUAUUGCAGGGCAUUUUUAUUGACCUUGCGCGGAGGAGCACUUGAUUGGUUUAAUCAAUUACCCCCUGGGUCGAUUGCGGAUUUUGAGUACUUUACCAGCAAGCUUACCAAUCAAUAUUCAAGCGCGGUGGCACAGGAGAAGACGUAUUUGACUCUGAUGGCAAUGAGGCAGGGGGAGAAGGAGUCAUUGAGGAAGUAUGUUGCUCGAUAUAAUCAGACGUGUUUAGAGGUGCACUCGGCUUCGGACGAGAUAAAGGCGGGAGGAUUGAUAAGGAGCCUUCGAGCAAGGCCUUGUCGAACUUCCCUGGCGAAGACCCCUGCUCCAUCAUAUGAGGAUGUGCUGAAGAGGUGUAGGAAGUACAUUAAUUUGGAGGAGAUGGAGAUGGAGUUUGCAAAGCUGGAAGGGGUGGCUCGACCAGAGCCAAAAAGGGAGAAAAGCCCGCAAAGGGGGAGAUCGCCGAGGAGAAAUUCACCCAAAAGAAGUGGGCAGAAGAGGGCCUCGCCCCGAGGAGGGAGUCGAGACUCGAAAAAGGAGAAUAAAGAUGAGUGGCAGAGGAGGCCGAUGUUGUUUGAGAGGCAGAGAUACCAUACUUUUACGCCAUUGAGGAAAGAUAUGACAGAGGUCCUCGAGGCCAUGGAGCAGAAGAUGCCGAGCGAGGAU